GAAUGGCUUGAGAUAUGCCCUGGAUCUCAGGCCUUUCCCAAGGUGCUCUGGAGAAGCAGAGAAGAGCGCAGCAGGGUCAACCCCCAGGGAAACAAAAAAACAAAAAACAAGGAUUCUAAGGUGACGAAGGCAAGAACUGAAAGCAGACUGUAGUGACAGAGGCAAUGAGUGCCCGGGCCACACGGCCCCGAAGCCGUCGAGGGAGGCAUCCUCUGCCUGGGGAGCUAGACCCUGUAGCUGAGAGCUCAGAGGAAGUAGAUGCCAACAAUGGACGCUUCGAGACUAAACCUGAGCUGCAUCAGGAAUACCUUGGUCCUGGCCUUCAGAGCCCAAGGAACUGGAUCAAGGAGGGUUGUGAUGUGGGAUCCCAUGCGGUUCUAUCCUUGAGCCCAGAAGAACAGUGCGAGCCUGAGGUGGAAGCCCACCAGGUCCUGCAAGAAGCCCCCCUGGAUAGUGGCCCUGCUGAGAUAUCAGUACCCAGUGUGUAUGAGACCUUGCAGUGCAGGCUGAGCUCCCUUGAGGCAGUUGUAGCUGCCUUGCGCCACCACUCGCUAAGCUUUCCAAAGUCAGUGGAAGCAGAAGACAGAGACCAGGGGGCUCCGGGGCCCUUUGGUGAUGAGAAAGAAGACGCAGGACCUGGACAGCAGGAGGCUGCUCGCCUCAUAGAGAGGAACGCCUGGCUGCGGCUAGCCCUGUGCAACCGGGAGGAUGAGCUGGCAUGCACUCAGGCUUCACUGCAGGACGCCCAGGCAGAGAAGGAGACUCUGCAGAGACAGGUACAGGAGCUGGAGGAUUCCCUGAUGCAGAUGGAGGCCUCCCCACCUACCCCCAUCCUCAGAGCAGGGCGUAGAAACAGCAACUCCAGUACUUCUGGGGCAGAAAGGAGACCCUGGGUACCUCAGGACUCUUCCAUGGCUCACCCCUUUCUCCAACGCCUCCGGAGUGACUCCAGCACCCAGAGCUUUGGGUGCCUUUCCACACAGCAUCCAGCCCCAGAGACGUACCUCAUGGAAGACCAGAUGGGGCAGCUCCAGGGGAGCAUUGAGAAGUUGAAGUGCUUCAACCGUCUUCUUCUGGCUGUGCUCCAGGGCUACAAGGGCCGUUGUGAGAGCCUCAGCAUUAAGCUGGCCAAGCGGGAAGCCGAGGCCACAGCCCUGCGCCUGGCUCUGCAGUAUAGUGAGGACUGUGAGGAGGUGUAUGAGGUGCUGCUAGCUCUGAAGAUGGCUGGCCUAGGAACUGGAGUUGGAACUACCAAGGGUGACCUGCAGGCUGCUGAGAAGGAGGCCUCUAGGCUGCUGAUGAAGAAGGAAGCAACCAUGGAGGUAGAGACACCCCAGCCCAGCUCAGAGGGCAGUGGUGUGGACAAGCCUACACCAGAGGAACUGGCCUCUCAGCUCCAUGGCUAUGUCCAGCAUCUCCGGGAACGCUGGGCUCUGGUGAAGAUCCCCGAAGAACUUGGCCCUGUCACUGCACCCAAGGCCACUAUGCCCCAUGCAGAAGCAACAGUGCAGGCCAUUCUGGAGAUACAACCUGGCCCCACCUUGCCCCAUCUGGAGAAGUCUCAGAUCCAGCAGGACCUAGCAGCUACUCGGGACAGGCUGGCUGAUCUGGUGCUGAGGCUGCAGCUAACACAACGAGAGAAGCGUGGGUUGGAGCUGCGGGAGGCUGCACUGCGGGCCCAGGGCCCUGCCCACCAGCUACUCCUGCAGCAGCUUCGCUGGGAGCGGGCUCACUUUGCGGGUGAUGGCAGCAGUGGAGGCAGUAGCGAGGACCCAAGCAGCGAGGAGGAGGCUGGGGAGGACAGACAGCAGCACUACCAGGGCCCUCUUGCCCUCCUGGAUGGUCAGAUGGGCAAAGUGUGGGACUCUGAGAAUGUGUCCCAGGAACUGUCAGCGUCCUUGGCCCGGGCAAUAGACCUGCGGGCACAGCUGCAGUCCCUGCGGCAGCAGCUGGAACAGGUGACUCAGAAGGGCCGAACCAGACGUGUUCAGAGUGCCGAGCUGUCCAGAGAACUGUGCAAGGCUCACAGUGCUCUGGCCUUGGCCUUCAGAGGAGCCCACCGGAAGCAGGAAGAGCAACGCCUGAAGUUGGAGCAGCAGGUGGCUCGGUUGCAGGCUCAGCAGGCAGAAGAGCUGGCAGUGCUGACAGCCACCGCUAGGGCCCUGGGGAAGCCUGGGGCACCCCAGCCAGCCCAGACUUUCCUGUAGGGCCCGGACCACGUUUGCUUGUGACACAGAGGUGGCUGGAGUGUCACAGUGUCCUGUGGUGGGCGGAGAGGUGGUCCAACAACUAAGAGCAGGGUCUCCAAUUGCGGGCACUUGAGUUUAAUUGCCAGCCUCAGCAGCCAUGGCGCCUGUGACUCCGGGUCAAGGAGAUCUGGCACCCCCUUCUGGCCUCUGCAGGCUCUGUACUAAUGUUCCCUCACACAUGUAAUUAGACAAAGUAACUUACAAACCUGUCCUUUGUCCCUGGCACCUGGAGCGUCUCUUCAAGAGGGGACUGAGGUGGGACGGGCUUAGCUUAAGGGUGUGGCAGGGAGGCUUGUUCCCAGGGAGAGGAACCCCAGGCUGCUUUAGAACCAGCAUUUACAGGAAGUAGAGGGCUGGUGGUUGCUCAGCAGUAGGGCACCUGCUGAGAUUGUUUGAAGCCCUCAGAGCUGUCUCUGUGUGCUCCCAACAGCCUGCACUAAGGAGGCCUGCAUUGGUCCCAGCCCUUAUAGAACAUGUGGGAGUCUUCUGCAGAAUACAUGGAGUGGGGUGGGGGGAAACAAAGGCCUUGGUGGGUGGAGUAUAGGCCUAGCACGCACAGGGCCCUGAGUUCCAAACCCAGUGACAUAUACACCUGGAAGUCUGUGGCUGCCUGUGAUGCCAGCACUCAGAGCCUAAGGCUAUCCCUGACUACACAGUGUGUUUAAGGCCAGCCUGGACUUCUUGAGACAGUAUCAGAGAAAGAAGUUAAUGAGGGGCUGGAGACAAGGCUCAGUGGUUAGGAGCACUGGCUCUCUUGCAGAGGGCCUGGGAUCCAUUUCCAGCACCCAACGUGGCAGCUCACAACUGUCUGUAACUCCAGUUCCAGGGGUCCAGUACCCUUUUCUGGCUUCUGUGGACAUCAGGUAGACACAUUACAUGGACACAAAUGCAGACAAAACACACCUAAAUAUAAAAACAAAAUGAAUGAAUGAGAAAAGUGUAACCAGAGAGAUGGCUGACUGGGCAAGGGUGCUUAUUGCGGAGUGACAAUUUGAGGUCUGCAUUCAAUUCCCAGCUCCCACAUAAAGGUGGAAUGAGGAUGGACGCCACAAAGUUGUCCUCUGACAUCCACAAUAUCACCCGUUGUUACUGUUGUUAAAUUGAGAGUCAGAGGAGAUACCUCAGCAGUUAAGAGCACUUACUGCUCUAGAGGAGGACCAGAGUCCAGUUCCCAGCACCCAUAGUAGCUCACAGCCACCUGUAAUUCCAGCUCUAGGGGAUCUGAUGCUUCUGGCCGCCUAGGACGCCCACACACAGAUACACAUGAUUGAAAAUGGUAAGAAUAAAACUUAAUGUACUG